CCCAGUACCACGAAGAUGGCCACAUACAAGGUCCUCCCAACGACUGCCGCGCCGCCUGCGACCCACCGCGGCAACGCCGACCGCUUCCGAUCGUUUGCCUUCGGCUACGUCCACGCGAUCCUCUUGAGCCUCCAAGUGCCCGUCUUCAACACGUACUUGCGCUUGGAGGGCUACCAAACUACGGCCUACGCGACGCUGAUCACGCUGCCGAUGCUCUUCUCGCCCUCAGCGCACACGCCACAGCACGUGCUUCUCGGCUGGGCCCUCUCGGCUCUCUGCCUCGGGCUCAUGGUCGUCGAGCCGUUUCCAGCGCCGUACUGCGACGUCCGCUUCGUCCUCUGCCCACGCGGUCUCGCCCAAGCCGCGGACGAGCGCUGGCCGCAUCACAACACCAAUGCGCCAGCGAGUGCGGCUGUCUACGUUCUCUUGUCGACGCUGGUCGUGCUCGGUGCUGCUCUUGGCAGCGCGCCGCGGCCCACCUGCGUCUACCGACACCUUGGCGCUGCCGUGGCCUAUGCGCAUUCCGCGGUCGUCCUCAAUGGCUCCGCCUAUGGCGGCUCGUUUGCACUAGCACUAGCACCCAACACAGCCUACCUCCUGUGCCUGGGUCCUGCGCUCGCUGCGAUCGCGACGGGUGGCGCCACCACGUCGCGUGCCGCAACACCGAGUGUCUGGGAGCUUCUCCAGCGACGUAGCGUGCGCCAACUCUGUUUCUUUGGCUUUGUCUUUGGCGCAACCAGCCGCUUCGAGUCGACAGCUCUCGCGCCCAUCGCAGUGGCCUGGGCGUCCGUCGAGCCGCUCAGUGACGCCGUAGCUCGGCUUGUGGCCACGGCGCUGGCGCUGGCGAUUGCACACGUAGUCGGAGCGCACGCCUCAAGCGGAAACUGGCGGCGGAUACUGGUCGGUGGAUCGAUCCUCGCCGUGCUCCUGGACGCGACCACGGUCUUUCGCACGAUCUGGCCCGGGCGCCGUGAUCAGUGGGCGUUUGCCGGCGCGCGCUUGGCGUCGGCCAUUCCGAUCGGCCUCGAGCUGGCCGUGACGCACUGGGUUUCCUCCGACGAUACCGCGAGUCUCGUGCUCGCGAGCGCAUCGCUCGUCGGUGCGGCCGCUGGAGCGUCGCUGGCGCGCCUUCUGGAUACGAUUUUCGCGCCCAGUCAGCUCGCUGUGGGCCGCGACGAUGCGAGCGCGCGCUGGAACGUUUCGCUGAGCUUUGCAGCGGCCUACGCGAUCCGACUUCUUGGGUUGUGCAGUCUUGGGCUGAUGCCGGCCAACGCGAGGUCCGUCGUGUCGCUCGAUGCAACGAGCAAACGACGGGGUAUUCUUCUUGCGUCCGGACUAGCGUCUGUCGCCAUCGUCUCGGCGAUACACAGUGGCUUGGCCACACUGCCAGCAACAGCCUGCUAUCGCUUCGUCGGCGGUCCUGGCGCCCAAGUCGAUGGCUCGUGCGAUUAAACUUUGUAACAUUAGCGAGGCUUUGAGCUCGGCAAGC